GCCAAUAUGAAGUUAGGAAUGAAACUCACCACGUGUUAUUGUUGGGCCAAAAUACAAGUGCGUAUUAUACAGUUACAGUGUACAGAAACAGUUAUAAUUCAUAAUUACAUUUUGUAUCAUUUUGUAACGUGUUAAGUGAUUUCGAUAAGUCUUUACUAAAUCCGCAGAAAAGCAGCCGACAAAAGAAUGGUCCGACCAAAAUUGAAUAAAAAAAAAGGGAUGAAAAAUGUGGAACCUGAGCCAACAGAUUCGGGAAUUCCUAUACCAGAUUUACCAGAAAAAUUUCUUCUAAUGCAAGUAAGAAGUGGCUCGAAAAUUAGAAAUGUUCUCGAUUACGCGUUGAAGGAAUUCUCAAAUUAUAACAACGUUGUUUGGAAUGCGGUAGGGAAAGCUGUUGGCAAAGCUAUUUCCUGUGCGGAAAUUUUCAAAACGAAAGAAAAAAACCUUCAUCAGAUCACUAAAAUACGUUUUAUACAGUCGAAGGAGUCGAAAAAAAGAAAGGAGAAUGAAACCGCCGAAAAUGUACAAAUUUAUCACGUCCCGGAAAUAUUUAUUUUGCUUGCAAAAGAAGUAAAAGAUACAUCAGUGCCUGGCUACCAGGCGCCUGAUGAUAAUGGAGAAUUCUUAAAUGACCAAGAAAUGAAAAACGAGUGCAAAGGUAAGAAACAGGAAGCAGGUAGUAAUGUGACCCGCGUGGAUGCUGGGGAAUUCGCAGCUAUGGGAUUGAGGACUGGUCAAAAAAGGCCAAAGAAAGAGCAAACGAAAGGGCAAACAGGAACACCACCAAAAAAAAGUAGGAAAAGAGCAAACGAUGGUCGAUAAUACAAGCGAGAGAAAUUAAAUUGUAUUGUAUAUAAAAUUCAAUUUGAAAUACCUUGUAUAGAAUCAGAGACAAAAAUUGUAAAUUUUAAAUAAAAAAUCACAUUUUCUUCGAAA